AGGCAAAUACUGGUUGCAAAGAGGACCCAACAGAAGACUGGUGUUGUUUUGCCUUCAUCGUCUUCCUCUUGAAGGUAUUAAGGUUGUUUGUUAUGUGUUUGCCAGAGGGAGAGAGAGAGAGAGAGAGAGCCAUGGCACUGGAAGCAGUGGUCUUUCCACAAUCACAAGACCCAUUUGGUGUGAAGGACUUCUACAACUGCACUUUCUUGUCUGCUACUUCACCUAACUGGGGGGACUAUGAACACAUCAACAUCAACAUCGAUAAAGAAGAAGAACAAGGUUCUAUCUCUACUUUUCUCGAUAAUAAUAACAGCCAACCAGACAAUUACCCUUAUGGAGGAGAUUGGACCAGCUCUUCAUCCUCUAUCUUACCCCACUUGAAUGAUCUUCAAGAAACCACACACCCCAUUAACACCACUCAUAGCUUCGAUACCUUAACCACUCGUCCCAAGAGGCGCAGAGCCAAAAGCAGAAAGAACAAGGAAGAAAUUGAGAACCAAAGAAUGACUCACAUUGCUGUCGAGCGCAAUAGAAGAAAACAGAUGAAUGAGUAUCUUUCUGUUCUUCGCUCUCUCAUGCCGGACUCUUAUAUCCAAAGGGGUGAUCAAGCUUCUAUAAUUGGAGGUGCUAUUAACUUUGUCAAGGAGCUUGAGCAGAGGCUGCAUUUUCUUGGUGCUCAGAAAGAAGGUGAGGGGAAAUCUGAUGCUGGUGGUGCAACGAACAUGCCCUUUUCUGAGUUCUUCGCCUUUCCGCAGUAUUCAACAAGUGGUGGUGGUGGUGGGUCUGAUAAUUCUGCAACCGUAGGUGAAGACGUGGGUGAAGUUAAGUCUGGCAUUGCUGACAUAGAAGUGACCAUGGUUGAAAGCCAUGCAAAUCUCAAAAUAAGAUCCAAGAAGCGCCCCAAACAACUCUUGAAGCUGGUCUCUGGUUUGCAUACUAUGCGCCUUACAAUCUUGCACCUAAAUGUUACCACCACUGGUGAAGUUGUACUCUACUCUCUAAGUGUUAAGGUAGAAGAUGAUUGCAAGUUGGGAUCCGUGGAUGAUAUUGCUGAAGCUGUGUACCAGACACUGGAUAGGAUUCAACAAGAGGCAGUGUUGAAUUAAGAUGAGACGAUGAGCAUCAAAUUUGGCUUGCUCCACUUGGUUUUUAACCUUACUUCAUGGUGGAUCAUUAUCUCUUGCUAUUUUUCUCUUUCAAGAUGUACCUAAUUAUUGCAACUUCUAUUCACUUCACCCUUUUUUAAUCUACUGAUGUGGACUCCUUGGAGGAAGGUUUUUGGUUUAUUCCUUCUUGUGUAUGUCUUUGUAGCUCACGAACUUACUUUUGAUCUCUCUCUUUCUCUUUCUUCUCUUUUUCUCUGAGGUAGGGGUGGAGGAGGCUCUGUGGUAUAUUGUUCUUGAGACAUAUUCUAGUGCUUGGUCAAUUUUGCCCACUUUGCUUAGAAAUUGGUGGGUCUUGUCUACCUCAACUAUAAGCCAAAGCCAAAUUGUCAAGCUGAAAUUCGGAGCAUCUCAAAAUAAAAUUGAAUGAAAAUGAGAGCCAAAGAUUUUUGGCAAUUGUCACAUAUAAUCAAUACUCCAUUUUGCUUUCUUUUAUUUGGCUGUCAUAAUUCAAUAAAUCUGUUCCCUCUAAAUGUCAUCAGAGGCUUAAACUCCAUCACUUUAUGUUUUGUGUAAAAAUGGAGAUAGUAAUGAGAGUUUGCAUUAUUUUCUGUUCCGAAUUUGUAGCAAAAGGUUGUAACUGUCGAAGGAGACCCACCUACACCGUAGUCUGUACCAAGUAAGUACUAAGUAGAGUUGCAUUGCAGGGGAAGGCUGCGGAGCACAGCUUGAAAAGGGCUUACCUUUCUCUGUGCAUUGUGUUGCACGCAGAACAAUAAAUAAAGGGUCCAUCUUUUAUGAUCAUUAUCAUCAUCAUCAUCAAGAUGGGAAUACUGAAUCCAUGAUGCAUGUGUCUGAGUGUACGUGUAUGUAUUAUAUCACGGAUUCUUAGUCCCAUUCUGUGUAUAAUUAUUUGAUAACUUAGAAAAAAAUGCAAAUGAUUAG